UACUACUACUACAAAAUUCCUUUACACAACACACCCACCAAUUUCCCCAAAUUCUCUCUCUACAUCUCACCACCUCACACACUCAUACACUCUCUCUCUCUCUCUAGAAAUCCCCACGCUCCGGGGUAUAGUGUAGUAGCUGUAUCACAACUUGCGCCUGCGCUGCGGAUAGCGACAACCAAGCUAACCGACACUUCUCGCCGCAGCUGAAUCUGACGAGCGCCGGGGGCCUGCUUCCCGGUGCUGCCUCCAGAUGAGUAGAUCGCUAGCCGCCGCCGCCGUUGCCUUACUGGCAGUGGCGCUGGUAGCCGCCGCGUCGGAGGAUUCGAAGCUGGUCGAGGAGGGGGAUGUUGAGGUUGCUGCCUUCUCCAAUGCGACCGGCACUGAGCUCGGUGGGAAUGGGACCAGGCCGAAGGAGGACACGUUUGCUGAUAUGAUCGAUCGCGCGCUCGAGAAGGAAUUCACGGAGAAUGAGGAUCAUAAUGAAGUGAACGAUGCUGGUAGCUUCAACAACAGUGUGGCUGAGCAGCAGGCUGUUUUGGAAACAGUAGCUAGAGUCAAGCCAAAGAAAAAUGAAACGAAAGAAGAAAAAUCCUUUAAAUUUAAUCAAGUUUUCAAUCUGGAUAAUGACAAUGGAGCUGAAGAGACCCCUACAUUAAUCGAUAGAAAGGAUAAUGUAUUUAUCAUAUCAAAUUUCAAGUCCAAAUACCCUGUGCUGCAGCUAGACUUGAGGCUCAUAUCAGACCUGGUUGUCGUCAUUGUCUCUGCAACUUGCGGUGGAAUUGCUUUUGCUUGUGCUGGACAACCGGUGCUUACUGGAUACUUAUUAGCAGGAUCGCUUGUUGGACCUGGAGGUCUAAAUGUCAUCAGUGAAAUGGUGCAAGUUGAGACAGUGGCUCAGUUUGGUGUAAUUUUCCUUCUGUUUGCUCUGGGCCUGGAGUUCUCCACAACAAAGCUACGAGUUGUUCGGGCAGUUGCUAUUCUUGGAGGGCUACUUCAAAUUCUCUUUUUCAUGUGCCUAUGUGGAGUUAUAGCCUCGGCAUGUGGUGGCAGAGCCUCUGAGGGUGUGUUUAUUGGCGCUUUCCUGUCAAUGUCGUCUACAGCAGUGGUAUAUAAGUUCCUGAUGGAGAAGAAUAGUACAAAUGCUCUUCAUGGUCAAGUGACUAUUGGCACACUGAUCUUACAGGACUGUGCUGUGGGAUUGCUUUUUGCUAUGCUUCCAGUACUUGGUGGAACUUCUGGUGUUAUGCAGGGGGUAAUUUCUAUGACUAAAUCGUUGGUAGUGUUGAUUGCAUUCUUGGCAGCUCUAACAAUAUUGUCCCGGACAUGUGUGCCUUGGUUCUUGAAACUCAUGAUAAGUUUGUCAUCACAGACCAAUGAACUUUAUCAAUUGGCAUCAGUUGCAUUUUGCCUUCUUGUUGCUUGGACUAGCGACAAGCUUGGUCUCAGUUUAGAAUUGGGUUCAUUUGCAGCGGGAGUAAUGAUAGCUACAACUGAUCUUGGUCAGCACACCCUUGAACAAGUUGAACCUAUUCGCAAUAUGUUUGCUGCUCUUUUCUUGGCUAGCAUUGGCAUGCUCAUCCACGUUCAUUUUCUAUGGAAUCAUGUUGAUAUCCUGCUGGCUUCAGUUAUACUGGUCGUAAUUGUGAAAACAAUAGUAAUUUCUGCUGUUGUCAAGGGAUUCGGCUACAACAACAAAACUUCGCUUCUUGUCGGCAUGUCUUUGGCGCAAAUAGGGGAAUUCGCUUUUGUGCUUCUUAGUCGUGCCUCAAAUCUGCAUCUCGUUGAGGGGAAAGUGUACCUGCUGCUUCUUGGAACUACAGCACUCAGUCUGGUAACUACUCCAUUGCUUUUCAAGCUCAUACCAGCAGUCGUGCACCUCGGUAUCUUGUUGCGCUGGUUUUCUCCCGAAAGUCAAGUUGAGCUCGGACUCAAAGGAGACGUUCUCCGGUCAGACAGUACUAAGCAGAGAAUCGCCUUGAUAUCCAAGGAUCUCUUGAUACAUGAGGGUUGACAAAUUCAUCCCAACCGCAACAGUUCCACAUUUUACCUCAGAAAAUCCAGUGGAGGACUCGCCACCCCCUGUGUUUUAACAGCAUGCCCGUGUGAUGUGAUAUCUCGUAUACAUACAUCUCUAACCAAAGUUGCAGAAGACAAAGCCAUACGCGCCUCAGACACCAACCACAGGAAGUAAUCUAACAGGUAGAGCCACUAACUAUCCGAUGUCGGACGACUGUAUAAUGCUCCUCCUUUUCAGUGCUUUUCUCCACAUAUUCUUCUUCUUCUUCCAUGUAAUAUAGUUUCAGCCUUUGCUAUAUUCAGACUUCAUUUGUUCCUUUUUGGCCUCUUUUAUUUUAAUUUUUAUUCUUGGCUAAGCACUUAACUGUAGAGAAAACUUUUAUAUGUAUCUGCAUUGAUUUGAACAGGGCAUGCUGUACAAAAAAAUGCUUGUCUAACAACGAAGUUGCUAGAGGAAUUUUUUUAUUUUAUUUAAUUUUAUAUGAUUUUUAGUUUAUUAA